UUUCCUUGCCAGAACAAUCGUCCAGCAGCUCGAGCCAGGCGCCUGGGCAGCCAACACGGGGAUGAGCUUUCCAAAACUGUUCUCAGCUAAGGACACUCAGCUCAGCUCUGCACAAUACAGACAGACACUUUUCAGAUCAAUGCAGCGUCAUACCAGGGGAGGAGAAGGUCUCUCUCUCUCUCUCUCUCUCUCGCCCUGCUCUCUCUCAUUCAAGGGAACAAGAGCAUGUGUGAACGCGAGUGACGGCUAUCUGCAGUGAACCAGCCUUAAUGGAUUGCUUUUUUUACUGUUACUGCUACCUCCAAACUCGUACCUUCUCCACAUUCUUCACCCAAGUGUUCGACGGAUUGCGGUGAGAGCAUGUGAAAGCAGGGAGGGUGCAGCUGCUGGCGUGUGCGUCUGUGUGUGUGUGUGUGAGAGAGAGUGCGCGCGUGUGUGUGUGUGAGAGAGCAGAGAGAGCUACAUCAGGGAAAAAAUAACCUAAUGACUGCAGUGCGUGUGUCAGCCGUUUUAACUGGGCUUCGCACAUGCAAACGGACAAGCGGCAAGCGGGGACACAUCAGCAACAGGAACAGCCAAGUGGAAUAAACCGGACGAGAGACAAAAGGAGAAGAGAGCAUCUGAAAGGACGGUGGAAUUUUUAUGCCUCUUCCUCUCACUACCCCCUCCCUUCCCCCUCACCCUCGGUUUAGUGCAUGCAGGCAUUCACCGUGGCGAUUUAGACUCGGUUUUUAGUGGUGGCAUCAAACCACAAUUUCCAAGGACAACCAUCUGCGGACAAACCGUCAACAAGCAGAGGCGCAUGCGUCUGAGCAAAACUGGAAUAUGUUAUCUUAACCUAAAGCUCGGUCAGCCUGAGGCUCUGCUGCUUUAUACACUCCUCUGUGGAUUUAUUAGUAAUCGUUCUCUUUAGUUUGUGUUUUGUACAAAAAAAAAAAAAAAACUGAAAAGGAUUUACCUUUGGAUACAGGAUUAAAAAAAUAUGCACCUAGCUGAUCUAAAAACGGACGUGUAAAUUGAGUGAGGUAGGUUUCUGGUCUUUCCAAACGUUUUUAUGCAGUAAGUCUGUAAGUGCUGAUUUAUUAAAUGUUUGGCUUCUGCCCUCUGAACACAUCCCUUCUACACCAGUCAGUGCAAAUCACCCCGACUACCAGAACCGCAAAUGGAAAACAGAGUCCGAGUUUUGCUUAACCCUGGGUAGAGCUAGCUCUCCUAACUGGAGACAAAUCCCUCCCAUUGAUCCCAUUUUACCACCAUCCAGCCCAAUCUCGCUGCCACCCAUCCCACGUCCCAGCCCCCUCCCACCCCCCUAAGACCAUGUUGAAAUAUGAUUGUGCCACAACAUGAGUGUCCGGGAGCGUGUAGCUGCACAUCGAGUCAGGAAAGCUGCCCUGCUCUUUGUCAUCGUUCUCAUGGUGCAAAUGUAUGUGGAGGAGGUGGUGGGGGCGCUGGGGACUCAGGGUUGCCCCCCUGUCUGCUCCUGCAGUAAACAGCUCAGCAAGGUGGUGUGUACCCGCCGUGGCCUCACUCAUGUGCCCCUUGGCAUUCCGACCAACACACGACACCUCAAUCUCAUGGAGAACGCCAUCGAGGCGGUGCAGGCCGAUUCCUUUCGCCAUCUCCACCACCUGGAGGUGCUCCAGCUAGGACGCAACGCCAUCAGACAGAUCGAGGUGGGAGCUUUCAACGGGCUGACCAACCUGAACACCCUGGAGCUCUUUGAUAACCGUCUGACCGUGGUGCCUAGCGGGGCCUUCGAGUACCUGUCCAAGCUGAGGGAGCUGUGGCUCAGAAACAACCCAAUUGAAAGCAUUCCAUCUUAUGCCUUCAAUCGCGUGCCCUCUCUCAUGCGGCUGGAUCUGGGCGAGCUGCGAAAACUGGAGUACAUCUCUGAUGAAGCCUUCGAAGGUUUGGUCAACCUCAAGUACCUCAACUUGGGAAUGUGCAACAUCAGAGGGGAGAUUCCCUCCCUGAACUCACUGCUAGUGCUUGAGGAGCUGGAGAUCUCUGAAAACUUUUUCCCGGUGAUCAAGCCAAGCUACUUCAGAGGCCUGACUUCACUUAAAAAGCUAUGGAUCAUGAACUCUAACAUAGGACUAAUUGAACGUAAUGCAUUUGAUGACCUGUCCUCACUGGUAGAUCUGAACCUGGCCCAUAACAACCUGAGCUCGCUGCCCUAUGACCUCUUCACUCCACUGAGGUACCUGAUGGAACUGCACCUCCAUCAUAACCCCUGGAACUGCGACUGUGACUCGCUGUGGUUGGCACGCUGGCUGCAUCAGAACAUCCGUACAAACUCAACCUGCUGCGGCAGAUGCCAUUCUCCAGCGCACAUGAGGGGCCGUCAGCUGGUGGACGUUGCCCAAGGAGACACCGAUGCCAUGCAGUGUUCUGCACCCUUUAUCUCUGAUGCUCCUAGAGACCUCAAUAUUUCAGCUGCUCGAGUGGCAGAGCUCCGAUGUCGAACAGCAUCCAUGUCUUCGGUGCAAUGGUUUUUACCUAACGGUACUAUACUGACACAUGCAACAAACCAUCCACGCAUAACCGUGGUUAAGGACGGGACUCUAAACUUCUCGAACGUGCUGCUGAGUGACACGGGCAUGUAUACCUGCAUGGUGUCCAACGCAGCCGGAAAAUCCAACGCUUCAGCUUAUUUAAAUGUCAGCACAGCAGAGCUCAGCACGUCAACCCAUUACUUUAUAUCAGUUACGCCGGACGGUCUAAAACCAAUGUCAAACAUGCCCAAAUCCCGGCGCACUACAGAACCAGAUCAAAGCACCUCCACCACCACUUCUCCUUCAGUCUUUCAACCGGUUUUCAUCUCAACACCAACGGUCAUCCUCCAAAGCACUGACACGCCACCAAGCCGCCUGCCAGCCAUGCCCACAUCCAAAGGGACAACAAAGAACCAGCCUAAAUCCAGCAGUACCAGUCUGGACGAGGUGAUGAAGACUACUAAGAUCAUUAUCGGCUGCUUUCUUGCGGUAACGCUGCUAGCGGCUAUCAUGCUAAUCGUCUUCUAUAAACUGCGCAAGCGACAUCAACAAAGGAGCACAGUUUCAACAGCAAGGACUGUAGAGAUCAUUAACGUAGAUAAGGAAGACCUGCCUCCACCCGCGUCCGCUGCCAGUAUGCCAGGAGAUGGGGCAGUUAAACUACCAGUGAUCAGAGACCACAAUAGCAUACAGAAAUUAGACUACAUAACCCACAAAUUGGACUACAGCUACCAUACAGCUGAACUCAAACCAGAUUACACCCUCCACAAACCCAAAUCUCAUUUCAGCACCUUGAAAACCAAAUCUGACAGCAGUACUGACAUCCUGAAGCCAGACUUUACCACACAUAUGUCCAAGUUCGACUACAACACACUUGCACAUGCAGACUACAGUUCCCACAAAUCUUCUACAAACUACACGCACAAGUCACUGCCUGAUUAUCACAUACACAAAAAAACAGAGCAGAGCCCUUACAAACCCGGAUACAGCACGUACAAACCUGACUACAAACCCCAGACCGUCCAUCUGGACUUCAGCCCUUUCAAAUCCGAUUACAGCACUCACAAACACGCCAUGGACCUCAGUAUGCACAAACCCAAAUCAGAUUACAUUCCUAACAAAUCUGCUCUCAGCUACAGCCCACUGAAGAUGGACUGCAGUCAUUUUAAAACAGACUACAGUGCGUUUAAUGCAGAAUACAGCCCACUCAAGGCAGAAUACUUCAGCCACAAGCAGGACUCGAGCCCUCACAAACCCGAGACGGAUUACAGCCACCACCAGAUCAAAUAUAACACUCAGAACUCGUACAAGCCUUGGGGACACACAAACAAAUGGACAGAAAACCGCAGCACUGGAAACUCCCUUCCACGAACUUUCCCCAGUAUGAGCACGCCCGAGCCCUUCGUCAUCAAAACACACAACAAGGACAAAGUGCAGGAGACGCAAAUCUAACCUUCGCAUAAAAGAAUGCAGAUCCUGAUUUACAAAAAAAAAAAAAAAAAAAAGUCAAUUACACACAUUAUUCUUUUAGAUCAAGAAAAGAGAAGGUGUGUAUGUGUGUGUAUCUGGGAAAACCCAUGGAGUGUUGGCGAACUGACAAAAAAUAUAAAAAUAUUAUUAAAAAAAAACACAAACAGUGAGCUUUUCUGCCCCGAAAGGUCUUUAACAAUGCCGUGGCCAUGAGCCUGCACAUCAGUUUUUCAAACACACAUACACACACACUCAGUCAGCCCUAGUUACAGUAAGUGUGAUACAUGCUAACAUCAGACUCUCAUCAAACUGCUGGGCAUUUACUCCAUAACCACACAGAUCAGAAAGAGAGCAGAGUCGAGCUGUAACCCACCCGGACCACGACGUCAGGGGAAAAACAGGAACCGCUCGCUCAUCAGGGGGGUAAAAACGGCCGAUUAUUCAGUUUAACUACGGCAAAGCCAGACAAUCAGCAAUCAGGUUCCCAUGUGAUGAGGUGUGUGUUUAAAUGCCAUGAGUGAGGAUUGCCCCAGUUGGUGGUGAUGACUAAAGUGAUGAGACGAGCUACUAAGGAAUAUUUAAAAUUGUUUACAUAUUAUUUGACAUUCUAUUGUAAAAUUCUAUUUAUUAUUAUUAAUCAUCGUGUAGACCUGACAAAAUUAAAGCUGCUAUGUACACAGACCUCAGAUCCACCGUCAGCUUUUUCACUGAAAUUCAGUGAAGACUUUUAAUUCACUGUUCGAUCAUUAGAGAGCUGGGAAUGUGGAGAAGUGCAACAGGGCAGGAACAGCUGUACACUUCAGGAGCUCAUGUCUUUAAAAUGCCAACAGUCCACCAUGUGAAGGAGGAUUUCCCCAGCACACACACACACACACACACACACACACACACACACACACACACACACACGGGCUGCUGAUAGAGAAACCAAUCAUAUACAAUUAAAAAAGUUGAGACUAUUUUCUACCUUGUAACGUUUAUUUAAUGACGAGCUGUUUAAAAUGACUUUAGCACUCGAGCGAGGGUCGUGUUUUCACUGGACAUUGUGCUGUUUCUAAACCAUGCUAUAGUGAAUGCAGUAAAAAUAAAUCAAAAAAGGAUUGAAAUUAUUUAUAUUGAUAAGAUUUUCUUUAAGAGGAAAAAAAAGACACAAGUUGACAUUUACAGAUUUAUCUUGUAAGCACCAUGAAUUUGUACUGUGCCAAAUGUCGUAAAAAUGCAAUAAAGAUUAU